AAUGUCAGACUAUAAAGAAGUCACGGAUUUUGUUAAAGAUGCUAUACCGACGAAAAAAAGACUUUUAUGGAGUCAACUUUAUAGUUUCGUUGCAAAGGUUUCAGAAGCUGGUUAUUUCUUUACGAUUUCAGAUAGUUUGAUAGGCUAUCCUCUUGAUAAUACCUACUGGUGUUCUAAGAAUAGUAGCGGUCAGCCUUGCCCUUGUGGUGAAUGCAUUAAACAAAGUUAUGAAGAACGUACAUACGAAAAUUGUAAGCAUAAUAAUCCAGCAACUAGUUCAUUUUGGGAACAAGCGUCCUAUUUGUUUGCAAGUACAGCAGAAGAACAGUUAACUGUUAUGCUAAACAGUACCAGCUGGGGUAUGAAAAAUGGUAAAAAGAUACCAUUCUAUCCUUAUUUUAAUAAAACGACAUUUGGAAGAGUUGAACUACCAUCGUUGACAAAAGAUAAAAUAAAAACCCUCGAAGUCGUACUCGUAGCUAAACCGGGGCAGGCAGUGACGGAGACUUGUAAAGGAGACAAAUCCCUUUAUCAGAUAAAAGAUCUAUUGAAACAGAAAGGAAUCGAAUACAAAUGCGUUGAAAAUCCUCCAUAUGUUAUGAGUCUAUUUAGCGAUGAUGAUAGAAUAAAUAAAGCAUCAUAUCUAUCAACUGGAAGGGGAAUACUCCAAAUAAUUUCAGUUUUAUUUGCCAUGCGUCAAAUGUAUUAA